AUGAAAGAUCCAAUGCGUAUUGUAGUUACUGGUGCUGCAGGUCAAAUAGCUUAUUUAUUAAUGCAUCCUCUUUGUAAUGGUGAUAUUUUUGGAAAAGAUCAAACUAUCGUUCUGCAUUUAUUUAAUACUGCGCGUAGAAUGACUGCACUUCAAGGUCUUGUUAUGGAAAUUGUAGAUUCGAAUUACCCUUUGCUGAAAAAUAUCAUAUCGACGGAUAAUGAACAAAUCGCUUUUCAAGAUGUUGACGUUGCUAUCUUCCUUGGCUCCGUGCCACGUAAAGUUGCAAAUGAUCGUAAAGAAUUAUUGAAUGGUAAUGUAAAAAUUUUUCAAUCACAAGGCAUAGCUCUUGAUAAAUUUGCGAAAAAAACUGUCAAAGUUCUUGUUGUUAGUAAUCCAGCGAAUACAAAUUGUUAUAUUUUGGCUUGUUGUGCUCCAUCGAUUCCACGUGAAAAUUUUACUUGUUUAACACUUCUAGAUCAUAAUCGUGCAAGAACUCAAAUAGCAUCUCGACUUCAAGUAUUACCAGACACAAUUAAAAAUAUUAUCAUCUGGGGCAAUCAUUCAUCGACUGUAUUUCCUGAUGUUCAUUUCGCCACUGUUUCGAUCGAUAAUAGAGAAACAUCAGUUUAUGAAUCUGUUCAAAAUGAUAAUUGGCUUAGAGAUGAUUUUAUUGCUACUGUGCGAAAACGUGGUGGUGAUAUAAUUGCAGCACGUAACCUUACAAGUAGUAUAUCAGCAGCUAAAGCUAUUGCCGAUCAUUUGGAAAGCUGGUGGUAUGGAACAAAAGAGAAUGAAUGGGUUUCAAUGGGUAUAAUUAGUGAUGGUUCGUAUGACGUUGAAAAAGGACUCGUAUUUAGUUAUCCAGUACAGAUUAAAAAUGGUAAAAUUUCAAUUGUUAAAAAUCUUAAAUUGGAUGAUUGGUCAAUAGAAAUGAUUGAUAAAACACACAAAGAACUGAUCGAAGAAAAACAUGAUGCAUUACAAAAAAUUCACUUAAUCAUGAUGACUAAUCUUGUUAAACUUCAAACUAUUGAACAACUUUCACCCUUAGUUCUUCGUGUACUUGGUUGCAAUCCAAGUCCGAUGACAUUGCAAGGUACAAAUACGUAUCUGAUUGGUAAAGGACGCAAUCGACUCUUACUUGAUGCUGGCCAAGGUGUUCCAGCUUAUGUUGAUGAGCUUAAAGAUACUAUGAAGACAAAUAAUAUUGGAUUACAAGCGAUUCUCAUUACACAUUGGCAUCCCGAUCAUAUUUGCGGUAUUAAAGAUGUUCUAAAAUUGAUUGAUAAACCUGAUUUACCUGUUUAUAAACGAAAACUUUUUGAAAUGCCCGAUUUGAAGAAACUUCAAACAUAUGGUAUGCCAGAAAAUCCUGAUGAAGUCGCUAAUUUUACAUUUAUUAAUAAUGGUACUGAUCAAUUUAAUAUUGAAACUGAAGGGGCACAUUUAAAAGCUAUUCAUACGCCUGGCCAUACUACGGAUCAUCUUUGUUUUUGGCUUGAAGAAGAACAAGCUCUAUUUUCUGGUGAUACCAUACUCGGUCAAGGAACAACUGAAUUCGAAGAUUUAUAUGAUUAUUUAAAUUCUCUUCAACUUAUUCUCAAAAUGUCGCCGAAAAUAAUUUAUCCUGGACAUGGUCCUGUUGUUGAAAAUCCUCAACAAACUCUUGAACAUUAUAUAUCUCAUCGUCAACAACGUAACAAUCAAAUACUCGAUGCAUUAAAGCAAUCUAACGAUGGUCUUGAUCCAAAUGAGAUAACGAAAAUAGUUUACACGGACUUGCCAGAAGGAUUAUUUCAUGCUGCUUGUCAUAAUGUUUGUAAUCAUUUACAAAUGCUUGAAAAAGAAAAUCUUGUUUGUUUUAACGUUCAAAACAAAAAAUGGUCACUACGAGCGAAUUCAUCUAUAUAA